AUGUCUCUCAUUAACGUUCGUCGCGAUGUCAGCGAUGCCUUCUAUCGCUACAAGAUGGAGCGUCUGCAGACCAAGGUCGAAGGAAAGGGCAACGGUAUCAAAACCGUUGUCGUCAAUGUUUCCGGCGUUGCCGCCUCUCUUGCUCGCCCUGCAUCCUACAUCAUGAAGUACUUUGGCUUCGAACUUGGUGCUAUGACCAGAGAUGAUCUCAAGGAUGACCGUUGGAUCAUCAACGGCGCUCACGAGGCUGGAAAACUCCAGGACCACCUCGACGGGUUCAUCAACAAGUUUGUUCUGUGCAAGAGCUGCAAGAACCCUGAGACCGACAUCAAGAUUGAAAACGACCGUAUUCUUUUGGACUGCAAGGCCUGCGGUCAGCGUACCGCUGUUGAUCUUCGUCUCAAGCUGAGUGGUUACAUUCUCAAGAACCAACCCAACAAGAAGGGCAAAAAGGACAAGGCCGAACGCAGAGCCGCCAAGAAGGCCAAGCAGAAUGGUACCGCCACUGAGAACGGCCACGGCAGUGGUGGCGACGAUGGCUCCGAGAAUGGCUCAAACGAGCAUGACGACAAUGACGAUGCCGCUAGCGACCGCGAAUUUAACAAGCUGCAAGCUGAAGUCAUCGAAGAUGCUGCUGUCAAGGUCAAGGAUGACGAAUGGGCUGUGGAUAUGAGCGAAGAAGCUGUCAAGGCCCGUCAGGCCCAGCUCCCCGGCGAGUUCAAACAGAAGCUAAGCCUUGGUGACGAUGAUGACGAGGGCGAAGGCGGUAACACUGUCUACGACGAGUUUGGAACCUGGAUCCAGGCCCAGGCUGAUGAGAAGGGUGGCGUUGACAAUGUUGACUCCAUUGCAAUCUAUCUGAAGGCUAAAGAGAUGGGUAUCGAAGGCAAGCAUCGCACCGUCUUGGUUCUUGCCCAGACUAUUUUCGACAAGGAUGUUUGUGCUCAGAUCCCUAAGCGCGCUAGCAUGCUCAAGCAGAUUAUCAACUCUGAACGCCACGAGAAGGCUCUUUUGGGAGGCACUGAGCGUCUUAUUGGAUCUUUGUCCGACGCGGACCCCCAGUUCCUGCCUCAGAUUGUCAAGAUCCUGCAGCUGUACUACCACCACGACCUCAUCAGCGAGGAAGUGGUCACCAAGUGGGGUACUCACGCCAGCAAGAAGUACGUUGACAAGAACACCUCUCGAAAGAUUCGCCAGGCUGCCAAGCCCUUCCUCGACUGGCUCGCCGAAGCCGACGAGGAAGAGUCCGAGGAGGAGGACGAUGAGUAA